GAUUGGUGGGAGGAACGUCGUUUUGCGGUUUUCUGUUAUGUGCCAAAGCCCGAGCCUCAGUCCGUGGCAGUUCACCCUCCCGGCUGCCCCUCCUUUUAUGGGCCUGUCGCGAGUUCAGAGCGACCCUAAGAACUCUGGGUUCUCGACACAACAGCGGCCACCGUCGCUCCCGAGCCGCUCCUCACUUCGCUCCACCCCUCGCUUCGCCCCGCUCGGAUCGCGGUGAACCGAGCGGAGCCGAGUAGCCGGGCGGAGGGCAGCCGAAAGGUACUGAGUAAGUGGAGUCAAGUUCAGUCAAGCAGAACCCAGCGGGCCGAGCCACACCGGAUAGCACGGAGCAGGGAGCAAGUGGCGGCCGCCACCAUGAAGCGGGACCGGCUCGGCCGCUUCCUGUCGCCUGGCACGGCUCGGCAGCGCGGGAGUUCGGGCGGCAGCUGUGGAAGCGGUCGGAGUCGGGGUCGCCCUUCUCGCACCGGCGGAGCGAGCGCGGACGGGGCGGCGACUUUGGCGGCGGCGCAGCUCAGUUGGGGCUCGACGCGCUCUUGCGGGGACACAGGCGAGGACGGUACAGACGAGGCAGGAGCAGGCCGAACUCUUGCCAUGGGGCACUGUCGCCUCUGCCAUGGGAAGUUUUCCUCACGGAGCCUCCGCAGUAUCUCUGACAGAGUGCCUGGGGAGACCUCAGAGAGACUGUCCCCAGGGGAACGUGUCUUCAUUAGGGACUUCCAGCGUCUGCUGGGCGUUGCUGUGCACCAGGACCCAGCCCUGCCUCAGUUUGUCUGCAAGAACUGCUACACCCAGUUCUAUCAGUGCCACAGCCUGCUCAGGUCCUUCUUACAGAGAGUCAAUGUCUCCCCAGCGGGCCAGCGGAAGCCUUACACAAAGUUUGGUGUUCAGCCUCCCACAGUGGCAGAGGAGGGAGCAUGCAUGGCUGAUCUGAUCACCUCGAGCCCUCGGUGUCUGCACAGCUUGGUGGGCUGGGUACACGAACACGCAGCCAACUGUGUGUCUCUGCCCAGCCUCCAGAGGACACUGUCCUCUGAGUACUGUGGCAUCAUCCAGGCUGUGUGGGGCUGCGACCAGGGCCAUGACUUCACCAUGGACACAGACUCCAGCUGCAGAGCUCUCUUUUUGGACAGUGCAUUAGCAGUGAAGUGGGCUUGGGGCAAGGAGGUAUCACCACGGCUGGCUCAGAACUCAGAGAUAAACCCCACUGGAGUUGCCUCUCAGCUCUGCCGGGCCAGAGAAACCCAAGUUGGAUCUGAGACCAAGACACUGCCCAGUGUGGAUGUGGCCCUGCUGCCCUCACAUGGAGACUCUGUGGGACCUGGGAUAGUCUCCUAUACUCAGCCAAACUUGGUUCCCAGUGAGGCCCCAGGGCAACUGGGUGAGAAGCAGGUUCCAUCUUCAACCUCGGAUGAUCGGGUAAAAGACGAGUUCAGUGACCUUUCUGAGGGAGACUUCCUGAGUGAAGAUGAGAACGACAAGAAGCAAAACCCACAGUCCUCGGACGAGUCCUUUGAGCCCUACCCAGAAAAGAAGGUCUCUGGUAAGAAGAGUGAAAGCAAAGAAGCCAAGAAACCCGAAGAGCCCAAAAUCAGAAAGAAGCCUGGGCCCAAGCCUGGGUGGAAGAAAAAGCUCCGAUGUGAGAGGGAGGAGCUGCCCACCAUCUAUAAGUGUCCUUACCAGGGCUGCACAGCUGUGUACCGUGGGGCUGAUGGCAUGAAGAAGCACAUUAAGGAGCACCAUGAGGAGGUCCGGGAAAGGCCCUGCCCACAUCCUGGCUGCAACAAGGUCUUCAUGAUCGACCGAUACCUGCAGCGACAUGUGAAGCUCAUCCACACAGAAGUACGUAAUUACAUCUGUGAUGAAUGUGGGCAGACCUUCAAGCAGCGGAAGCACCUUCUUGUCCACCAGAUGCGUCACUCAGGAGCCAAGCCACUGCAGUGUGAGGUCUGUGGGUUCCAGUGCAGGCAGCGAGCAUCCCUCAAGUACCACAUGACCAAACAUAAAGCAGAGACUGAGCUGGACUUCGCCUGUGACCAGUGCGGCCGGAGGUUUGAAAAGGCCCACAACCUCAACGUGCAUAUGUCCAUGGUACAUCCUCUGACCCAGACCCAGGACAAAGCCCUGACUUUGGAAGCAGAGCCCCCACCUGGGCCCCUGAGCCUCUCUGGGACUAUGGAGGGUCAAGCUGUGAAGCCUGAGCCUACCUGAGAACUACAGGUGGAAUACUGGACAUGUUGAGCUGCUUGAACUCAGCAGAGCCAGCUUUCCCACACUGUUCAAGGGACACAUGGCUUCUCACCUGUCUCUGUCAACUGGAAGAGCACCAGCCAGGAAACCUUCCUUCUUCCCAAGUACAUGAGGACCUCGGCACAGAUGUCCAUGGCUUUCCGAUACCCAGCAGUGUCCUGUGAGCCACAGAAGAACCCUCAGGAGAGCUGAGUAGAUGGAGAGCUAACUUUAGUGCAGGGUGGGCAAGAGCUGCUGUGUUCAUGCGGAUUUGGGGUUCAAACCUCACCGUGAAUGGGGUGGUUCCAUUUUACCCUCGAAAGUCUAAACCUGGUGACACAACCUAAGCAGAGGCAUGUCUUGGGCUUUCUAGAUGGAGAUGUCAUUGGAGCAAGACAUCAAAAGAUCAAACAAGAGCCUGAAAAGCCCAGAGAUAUGAACUGAAGUCUACGUGGGCCCGGAACUUAUUACCUUGUGCUCCUGCCUAGCCCAGGGUUGAGGGGAAAAUGCGUCCUCAGCUAGUAGGUGUGACUUACCUGUUGGGACAGGUAGGACGAGAGUAGGCUCAUCAAGGAAAAGAAGAGGAGGGAGAUGAGCAGCUAGGAGGGAAAGAGGCACCACAUGAAAGUCACACCCUGACACGCUAGGCUAAGUGAGACCCUGGCUAGAGCUCAAAGCCUGUAAGUGGCUCUCAGGAAGGGGAAAAUUCUAAUUCACUGUUUUCACUAUUUUUGGAGACAGAGUCUCACUGUGAAGUCCAGGCUAGCCUCAAAUUCAUUCCGACAGUCUUCCUGUCUCAGCCUUCCAAGUGGCUGUGAUUGCUAGUAUGAACCUCCAUUCCAGGCUUUCUAUUGUUUAGAAGCUUACAUCAGAAUAAAUUAUGGCUUAUAUGGUCACUUAAAACAA